AUGGAUGGAAACUUUCAUUGGGAUAUGAAGAGCAAAGUGAUAGCAAGAACAUCUUCAAUAGGUUGUUCUUCUCGCAGCACUUAUUACUGUGGAGCAGCUGAAGGAGUCCCUUUCGUAUGGGAAACACAGCCAGGAACCCCCAAAGAUCCACCCCCUCAAGACUUGCUUCCACCCCUCAGCCCUCCACCAGCAGUUAUCAGCCUCGGGUUACCGCUACCGUGCAUUGAGAAACCAAAAACCCGACCCCGACCCACGAUGAAGCUUAGGUUCUGGAGGAGGGUCAAGAAGAGUAGGGAUGGUGGGAGAGCUGCCCAAGCAACAACUAUAGACUAUAGCAAUGAUAAGUUGGAAACAUUUUCAUUUCUCAGCUCGGACUGCGAGUUCAUGGCUUCUCCUCGGGAUUCUAUGUCGUCGUCGUCGUCUUCUUCAUCUCCGUCGUCUCUCAUCGAGUCGUUAACUGUACAAAAUAUGGGGAGGGCGUCGCUUGGAAGGCCUUCUAGUUGUAGUACUGCUGGAAAAAUUCAUAGAAUUCUGGCUUGUUACCAUUGA